CCACUUUUUCCUUGCUGACUAACACGGUGCUUCACAACUUCACCUACCUAUCUUUUUUCCCAAACAUCCAAAAGAACACAAAGCAGCCAAGUUAUGUUUGUAAUUAAACGAGACGGACGCAAGGAAGCUGUUUUGUUUGACAAGAUCACCUCGCGUAUUAGCAAGUUGUGCGACGGCCUGAAUGAGGACUACAUUCUGCCACCUCAGAUCGCCCAAAAGGUUGUCUCUGGCAUGUACCACGGCAUCACCACGGUCGAACUGGAUAAUCUGGCCGCUGAGACCGCAGCAUAUAUGACCACCACGCAUCCCGACUACGCUAUUCUGGCUGCUCGUAUUGCCGUCUCCAACCUGCACAAGGAAACCCAUACUCAGUUCAGCCAAGUCGUCAAGGAGCUGUACAAUCAUCAACAUCCUAAGCUUAAAUCUCACAAUCCUCUUGUGUCCAAGGAACUUUAUGAUCUCGUCAUGGCCCAGAGCGAUGUCAUUGACGCCGCCAUCAAGUACGAACGUGAUUAUGAUUUCAACUUUUUCGGCUUCAAGACCCUGGAACGAAGCUAUCUGUUGAAAAUUGAUGGUCGUAUUGUGGAGCGUCCUCAGCAUAUGAUAAUGCGUGUGGCUCUUGGUAUUCAUGGUUCUGACGUGGAAGCUGCCAUUCAAACGUACAACUACAUGUCGUUGAAAUACUUUACGCAUGCCACGCCUACGCUUUUUAAUGCUGGUACUCCCCGUCCUCAGCUCUCCAGCUGUUAUUUGGUGCAAAUGAAGGAUGACAGUAUUGAGGGUAUUUAUGACACACUCAUGACCUGUGCUCGUAUCUCCAAAUCUGCAGGCGGUGUUGGUGUUGGUUUCCAAAAGAUCCGUGGCUCUGGAUCAUAUAUCGCUGGUACCAAUGGCACUUCCAACGGUAUUGUUCCUAUGCUCCGAGUCUACAAUGACACUGCUCGCUUUGUUACCCAAGGGGCCGGUAGACGCAACGGCAGCUUUGCCAUGUACCUUGAACCUUGGCAUACCGAUAUUUUUGAUUUCCUUGAUCUGCGCAAGAACUCUGGCAAAGAAGAACUUCGUGCUCGUGACUUGUUCUUGGGCUUGUGGAUCCCUGAUCUGUUCAUGAAACGCGUCGAACAAAAUGGUCAAUGGUCCUUGUUCUGUCCCAAUGAGGCUCCCGGUCUCGCUAGCUCUUAUGGUCAAGCGUUUGAGGAGUUGUACGAAAAGUACGAACAACAGGGCAAGGCAAGAAGAACGGUGGAUGCUCAAAAGCUUUGGUUCGCCAUCUUGGAUUCUCAGAUUGAAACAGGCAUGCCUUACAUGCUAUAUAAAGAUGCCUGCAAUCAAAAGUCUAAUCAGCAAAACUUGGGCACCAUUACUUGCUCGAACUUAUGCACAGAAAUUAUUGAGUAUUCUGCUCCUGAUGAAGUCGCUGUGUGUAACUUGGCAUCGUUGGCCUUGCCCAAAUUUGUCGAUGUUGAAUCCCAGACAUUCGAUUUCGAGAUGCUUCACGAUAUUGUCAAAGUGGUGACAAAGAACCUCAAUAAGGUCAUCGAUGUGAAUUACUAUCCUGUUGAAGAAGCACGCAAUAGCAAUAUGAAACACAGACCUAUCGGUCUCGGUGUUCAAGGUUUAGCUGAUGCUUUCCUGUUGUUGCGUUAUCCUUUCGAUUCUCCUGCUGCUCGUCAAUUGAACAAGGAUAUCUUUGAAACGGUUUACCAUGCGGCGCUUGAAGCUUCUUGCGAACUCGCACAGAGAGACGGUGCUUAUGCGACUUACGAAGGCUCACCUAUCAGCAAGGGUAUUCUACAGCAUGAUAUGUGGAACGUGGAAGGUUCCGAUCGCUGGGAUUGGUCCGGUUUACGCGCCAAGAUUUCCCAACACGGUGUGCGCAACUCGCUGCUUGUCGCGCCUAUGCCUACUGCUAGUACCAGUCAGAUCUUGGGUAACAAUGAAUGCUUUGAGCCGUAUACUAGCAAUAUUUACACUCGUCGUGUCAUGAGCGGAGAAUUCCAAGUAGUGAAUCAUCACUUGUUGAAAGAUUUAAUUGAUCGAGGAUUAUGGAAUGAUCAAGUUAAAAAUAUGAUUAUUGCUCACAAUGGCAGCGUACAGCAAGUGCCCGGUAUUCCUGACGAUGUUAAAGCCUUGUAUAAGACGGUGUGGGAGAUUUCCCAGCGAGUCAUCAUUGAUAUGGCUGCAGACCGUGCAGCUUUCAUCGAUCAGUCGCAAUCGAUGAAUCUUUUUGCUGCUGAACCUAACUUUGGCAAAUUGACAUCCAUGCACUUUUAUGCUUGGAAGAAGGGUUUGAAGACCGGCAUGUACUACCUGCGCUCUCGUCCUGCAGUAGAUGCUAUCAAGUUCACGGUUGAUCAGCUUGCCUUGAAGGAUAUGACCUUGGAAGAAAGAAAGGAGAAGGAGGAGCAAUUGAGUGCCAUGCAGUGUUCCAUUGAUAACAAGGAUGCUUGUCUCAUGUGCAGCGGUUAAGUCUUUUCGCCUUUCUCUUCUCUUUAUCGUCGGUUCGUUCGUUCUCUAUUAUUGUAUUUCUUUUCACACAUCAAAUCAUUUCACGUAAACCCCUCUCUGUUUAUUUCUGUUUCUUAUUUUUCCUUGUUCUUUCUUUUUUCUUUGCAGUGAAGUUAACAGGCUGCAUUUAUUAUUCUGUUCCAUUUCAUUAUAUCAUACUUGUGUAUUGGACGAUUCUUUAGAGAUAUUGUCCAUUUUUUUUUUGUUCAAUCGAAUCGUUAUGUACAUUCAUCAUGUCUCUUUUUUACAAGCAAUAAAA